UAUUACUAUUAUUCUUAUUCUACUGAUUACUGUCGCUAUUACAUGUUUAAACUGCCAAAACAUCCUCUUUCUCUCAAUCACGACAUCGGGGUGGGCCAGCUUGCAAUCGCUGGAAUAAGGCGAGAUGGUGCUUCUCAUAAGAAGCGUCGCCGCCAUGGCCUCGUCUUCUCUUGUUGAGAUUCACUUCUAUCGACAUCUAUAUCUAUAGACUUGCUGCAAUAUGGGCGGCCUCUUCGGAACCCUGCACCGCUGGUAUCGCGGGACCCUGUACCAGGCCAUCGUGUUGGGGUUGGUCAGUUUCACCCAGCCUGGUAUCUGGGAUGCAUUGGGCAGUCUCGGAGCUGGUGGUCUCGCAACACCGUACUUCGUCAAUGCAUCGAAUGUCAUCACCUACGUGAUCAUGAUCGUCAUGGCUCCCCUUUUCGCCAUUGUCGGGAAUCGCUUCAGUCUCAAGUGGCUGCUCGUCUCUGGCACGAUUGGUUACGCGCCGUAUUUCGCUGCUUUGUACUGCAACAGCGUCUACGGCACGCAGUGGUUUCUGCUGUUUGGAGCCGUGACGUGCGGUUUCUCUGCUGCUGCGCUGUGGGUUUCGGAGGCGGCUAUUGCGGUUGGGUAUCCUGAGAUCGAGAACAGGGGGACGUACAUCGCCAUCUGGAUGGCCCUGAACAAACUCGGCUCGAUCAUCGGCAACUCCAUCCAACUCGCGCUGAACAUCAACAACUCCUCCAAGGGCAGCAUCAGCCCGAAAACUUACCUGGUCAUGAUCGGCCUCUGCUGCGGCGGCCUCCCGCUGGCAUUGACGCUCUCCCCGGCCCACAAACUGAUCCGCAAAGACGGCACAAAACCAACCUUCAGCUCGCAGCGACACGUCUCGCUGAAACAGGGCCUCAAGAGUCUCUGGUACGCCUCGAAACAGAAACAUAUGCUCCUCUUACUGCCCAUCUUCAUGACGGUCCGCUGGAGCUCGACGUACCAGGGUAACUACCUGACCGAGUACUUCACCGUGCGCGGUCGGACGCUGGCGGCCUUCAUCUCCACCAUCGCGGGGACGGUGGCGACGCUCGUCUGGGGCUGGUUGCUGGAUUCUCAGCGCAUCUUCAAAUCGAGGCGCAAUCUGGCUAUUGUGGGCUGGUUGACGAUGUUGGCUGUGUAUAUUCCGCAGUGGGUGUUGAAUUUUAUCAUGCAGACUCAGUUGCAAGGUCAGCAUCCGACGCCAUCGUUGGAUAUUUAUGAUCCGGGGUAUGGGAAGGCUAUUACGGCUUACUGUCUAUUUGGUGUUGGAUCCCAAGCCGCCACCGUCUGGACAUACUGGAUCCUAGGAACCUACGACGUCCACGUCGACAUCCUCGCAUACACAACGGGCAUUCUGCGAUCGUCCGAAAGUCUGGGCUUCGCCAUUGCGUACGGUAUCGGAGCCAGCAAGCAUGCCUCGCUCAUGGCGAAUUUGAUCGUUGCCUUUGUCGUCUUCUGGGUCAGCGUGCCGUUUACCACGUACGCUUCGUUUUUGGUGAAAGAACCGAGUGAGAUCACCGGGGAGGGGGUCAGUAUGCCUCCUGACGAGGAGGCGACGGAGUAUCCAAAGGAUGCGUUGGAGCAUGAGUCUGAGGGCGUAUCUUCUGGGACUGCGGAGAUACAUCCAUAA